CUCAGUGAGGUGGCUGCAGGGAGGAGCCCGGAGCCUCUUCCUUGGCAUCCUGGGGGCCCCUCCUCACUGGGUGCCACAGCGUCACCCCGUUUAUCCAACUGACUGUCUGCUCCCCUCCCUGUGGCAGGGACAUGGGGUGGGGAUGAGGGAUCAAGCCUAAGGUUCCGCACCCCAGCUUCUGUGGGACUCCACACCAAAGGCCCCAGAGGCUGUGGCAGGGACAACCCUCUCAGACUCCCACCUGUUCCUCUGCCUGGGCGAAGCACAGCCAGAGGCCCAGGUUUGGCUGUUUGGCAUUUCCUCGGGAACCGAUACAGCAUGAGGCGCACUCCCAUGGGGGAUGGCAAGGGGGUGCCUUUGCGGUGGAGGACAGCCCAAGGAAAGUCCUUGACCCAUGGGAACCACCCAUGGAGGGGCCAUAAAACCCACACUUCCUCAUGCAACCAACAGCCAGCCCAGGAGGACACAUCCCAGCCCAGCAGACCCCUGACUGCCCCAAGCUCAGACCUCAAACCCCUCCCUCCAAAAGCAGCCUCAGAACCUUCUGGAAGUCAAGGGCAGACUGCCAAGAUAUGAGCACAGCGAGAAAGCAGUUGCCCUCCCCGGCACUCCCUCCCCUGCAUAGCCUCCCCUGCGGCCUCUCCCCUGCACCCCCUCCCCUGCACUCCCUCCCCUGCAUAGCCUCCCCUGCGGCCUCUCCCCUGCACCCCCUCCCCUGCACCCCCUCCCCUGCAUCCCCUCCCCUGCACAGCCCUCUGGCCCAUGCACACCUGCACUGAGCUUCAGUCUCAGCCUGUGGACGCUUGCACCUCCUACAUGGGCACACUUCCUACCACACAUACCUCCCAUUACCUCUGCACACAGCUCAGGCUACACACAACUUGCACACCCUCUGAGUAUCUACGACACCCAUCGCAACACUUGUCACAGAGCCCAGGGCCACAAGCACCCCAUGACACACACACUGCACCUCACACCCACCCUUGGCCACCAGUGCCACACUCAUAGCUUCCUGCUGCCCCUCACUCUCUCUCACAUGCACAUGCACAUGGCCUUGUGCACCGCCAGCCUCCCCUCAGCAGGCCCGGUUCUAAGGACAGGCCCUGCCACAGGCUCACUCAGAGCAGCAGGGAAGGCACAGUCACCUGCUUCCAGUUCUUCCCUCCGGGGGUGGGGGAAUGUUGGUCAUGGAUGUGCCUUUGGGAGCGAACUGUCCCCUCCGCUGGGCCCCAGGGAGUGUCCACAGCACCCAGGCUGCCCCGGAUGCAUCGCCGAGCACCGUGAGGACCUGGUGUGUGUUUAUAUGUAUUUUCAUCAGAACUUUGCCUGUAGCUUCCUGGCGUUGCAGUCACAUCCUCUCCUAAACCUAAACCCCACCCAGGCACCCACCCCUUCCCUAGGCGGGCCGGCGGGCAGUGGUGGUUCUUGCCCCGCCUGCCCCAGCUCUUCCUGUAGCUCUGAGUCAAGCGGCUCCUUCCUUUGGGGCCCGCCCCAACCCACCCAGGCACAGCACUUUCCUCUGUGGUGUGUGUGUGUGUGUGUGUGUGUGUGUUGGGGGCUGGGAGGGUGCUCAAAGGGGCAGGUUCCAGGGAUAAUGGGUGGGGCGUCCUCCUGGCACAGAGACCCCAGCCAGGGCCAUCAUGCGUGUACGCAGGGAGGACAGGGCUGUGCGGUCUGCAGUCUGCCUCCCAGUCGGCACUGGGGUUCACACUCAGGAGCCAAGGGGCCAGCUAGUUUGCUCCCCCAUGCGUCUCUGACCUCUGACCCCAGGGGACAGGGCCUUCCGGAACUCCAAGCCAACCAUGGUGCUCCAGCAGGGCUCCUUGGCCCUCUCCCUGUCCCUGUCACAGGCAGGGGCCCCCAGUGGGUUAGCAGUUGCUAUGGCAUCUUGUGGACCUUCCCUUCAGGCUGGGGUGGGAGGACAGAUAAGGAGCAAACACAGCUGGCCGAGGCUCCUGGCUCAGAGCAGAUGGGGGGCAGACGGUCUCUCCCCGUUGUCACCACACGGACGCCCACCAGGCUGACCUGGGACUCAGGACCCAGUGACUGGUGGCUGGUACUGCCCACAGAAUCAGACAGGAGUCUCCUUUGGCCCUGGCCCUGCCCUCAGCCGCAUUGGGCUGGGAAUCUCAGUCCCAGCCUGGCCCUGGCGGCCUCGCACUGCCCACCACGCUCUGCCGGGCACCCUGAGGUUCUUAGAAAGCGUCAGCUCCUCCCGCCCUCAGACCCAACCAACGCCCUCGGUGCGCGCAGCGCCCUGCAGCUUGAGGGCGACUCCAGCGCAACUAGGACGCGCCGCCGCUGUGCUCCCCGCGCGCGCUGGGCCCCCCACGCCUGCCCUGAAGCGGGAACGUGCGCAAGAGGCUGCGGCCCGGCAGGUCGAGGGCCGCAUCUCCUCCCCUUCCCGGCGCCCUUCAGGUGCAGAGAGUGGAGGGACCGGGACACGCACUGGGGCGGCUCGGGGCGCUCUCCCGGGCACAGGCGCGCGGAUGGCGGAAGCUCCACCCGGCACCCGGCGAGCUCCGGCCCCAGCCUGACUCUUGGUCGCCCUCGGCGCCUUAGGACGUCUCGAGCAGGGAUCCAGGCUUGGGGGACGGAGGUGGGAUCCCCGCGCGCCUCGGCCCUCUCUCUCCUCCUGCGCGGGGGUCGGGCAGAGGAAAGGGCUCCCCAGCCCCCUUCGCCCACUGUCCCUCCUUUCCCCAGGCCUGGAAGGGACCAGGACGCGGGCGACGCGGGAGCCUCCCUGGCUCCGAGCCGCUUCCUGAGAGACGGCGCCCAGAAACAAGCAGCGCCGUGGGCCCCGACUCCAGGCCUGGAGCGGCCCUGGGAGGACAGCGGCCUCCACUCACCUUCGCGGGUCCGAUCGCACCGCCACUCACCUGCUGCCGGAACUUGGGGAUCGCGCGGGGCGGGGGCGGAGCAGCUCACCUGAGCCAGAAUGCUGUUCUUCACCGACUGCGGGACGUCAGGCACGAACCAGGCAGCAAUGAGCUUGAUGCACAAGGCCACGUGCUGGGAGCAUCAUAGGAGAGGCCCAGCACCAUCAGGCGCCAGCAGGGAUCUGGGCGCUCAGGGCCAGGGAGGAGGGGUGGAGAGAGAACUGCCCCAACCCACUCCGAGGCCUCUCCCGGUUCUGGCCUACCUCAAAG